AAUUAAUUAAUUAAUUUUUUACUAUUAUACCCACACUGGGGGCUAAGCCCCACUUAAAUGAAAAUCCUAGAAUCGUCCCUGCUUCCUGUCGUAACUCUCGCGCAUGAGCGUUUUUACCACUUCAAUCAUCCAAUGACACUCAACAUGUCCAGCAGCAGAGAGAAAGCAGCGUCUAGUCGAGUGCUCCACUUCCUGUGCGAGUGGGACCGUGGGAGUAAAUCCACUCGUACGCGAAUGCUUCAGAAAUUUCUGCAGGAGAACUCGGGGAAAACCUGUCCAGAGCUGGAGCUGGAGUUCAACCAGGCCUCCAGUCUGUUCCUCACUCGCAUCACAACCUGGAUCAGACUCACCUACAUGUUCAGCACGUGUCUGCAUCUUCAGCUCAGAGCACUGGGAGUCUUCCUCUCCGCUGCCAGCAAUCACAGGUAUCUGCUGGAGUUCCUGGAGGUGGGAGGUGUGAUGACUCUGCUGGAGAUUAUCAGUCAGGCACAGACCCGUGAGGAGGAGAAGGCUGAAGCUCUGCGUCUGCUCUGCAUCGUCUCUAAUGCUGGACACAAGUACAAGGAGAUCAUCUGUGAAAGCUACGGAGUGAAGGUUGUAGCAGAGUGUAUGGUGAAGUCAGACUCAGUGGAGACACAGAACACAGCUUCCCGUCUGCUGCAGUCUCUGGCUCACGGAAACCCCACAUACCAACAACAUGUUUAUAACACACUCGUCUCUCUACUGACCCACAACUCUCCUACAACUACACAACUCACACUACACACACUACACACUGUACAGGUUGUUGUGAAGACGCCUCAUCCUGCUAUCGUGAAGCCGCUGGUAAAUUUCCUGAGCUCUUUCCAGCUGGAGGUGCAGUAUGAAGCCAUAGAGCUGAUUAGAUAUCUCCAGCAGACAGAGGUGAGAGACGAUCUUCUCAGCGCUCUGAUCGCUCUGCUCAAACCCACCAAGGUCCUGCAGGAUCCAGUGAUGGAGAGGAUGAACGAUUCAUUACCGAUCUUCAUCCAGCAGGCAGCAGCAGCCAAAGCCCUAAGGAUAUUGGCCAUGGAGAGCCAUGAGACGUCUGAAGAACUGGUCCGCCUUGGAAUCGUGCACCAUUUACUGUACGCCAUGGGCAACCAGGAGCACGCUGAUGCCCAGAGACAGGCCAGCCUGACUUUAGUGCAUUUUGUGCGCUCAUACCCUCUGGUUGAGAAACAUGUGUGUAGAGCCAUGGGCCCAGCUCUGUUCCACUUGUUUAUGCAUGACGCUGAGCUGCUCUACAUGAACAUGGAUGGAGUUCAGGCUGAUAUCCUACUGAGCAACAAAGUGGAUCUUUCAAAAGGAAUCUGUAGUGCAACACUGCAAAACCUCUUGAGAUUUAAAAUAAUGAGCAAAAUAAAAACUUCAGUGAGAAAUAAAACCCGAGUGGAGAAAAAACCUGACGAGAAACUGAAGUCUGGGGUCAAAAAAGAAGUGCCGUCCGAGUCGCCGUAUCACCGUUUUCAUGAUGCAGAGGAGAUGGGACUGUUCCGGUCUCGCCUGCUGUCCUGGUACGACCGGACUAAGCGAGAGCUGCCGUGGCGAGCGCUGGCCGCGACGGAGGAGGACGUCAACACCAGGACAUACGGAGUUUGGGUAUCAGAGGUCAUGCUGCAGCAGACUCAAGUUGCCACGGUGAUCGAUUACUACAACCGAUGGAUGAAGAAAUGGCCGACGGUGCAGAAACUUGCAGCAGCUUCAUUAGAGGAGGUGAAUCAGAUGUGGUCAGGACUCGGGUAUUACUCGCGAGGACGCCGACUGCAUGAAGGAGCUCAGAAGGUGGUGCGUGAUCUCAGCGGUGAGAUGCCAAAAAGCGCAGAAAAACUUCUGAAGCAGCUUCCUGGAGUUGGACGAUACACAGCUGGAGCCGUGAGCUCUAUUGCACAGGGACAGGUGACAGGUGUGGUGGACGGAAAUGUAACGCGUGUCCUGUGUCGGGUUAGAGCCAUCGGAGCAGACAGCAGCAGCGCUCAUGUUACUGACACACUGUGGAAGUUAGCUGACGCACUAGUGGACCCGGAUCGACCCGGAGACUUUAACCAGGCUGUGAUGGAGCUGGGGGCCACGGUCUGCGCUCCGAAAAACCCUCAGUGUGCUCAGUGUCCCGUUCACACACACUGCCAUGCCUACAGCAAGGUCCGAUUACACCAAGACAGAGGAGCCAGGAGACUUCUGGGACCUUCUGGGGACUUGGCACCGGACGGCUCUGUCCCUGAUAUAGAGAACUGCACGAGUGCCAGUACCUGUAAUUUGUGUCUGUUGGAGGAUUGGGACAGCGAGCUCGGGGUGCAGAACUUUCCCCGUAAACCUGUGAAGAAGGCUCCUCGUGUGGAGCGGACGCUGGUGUGUGUGCUGCAGCGGCAGUGUGACGGCGAGACUCAGUACCUGCUCACACAGAGGCCCAGUAAAGGGCUGUUGGCUGGAAUGUGGGAGUUACCCAGCUUGCUGUUGGAGGAGGGCAUGUCUGCUAAGAAGAAGCACAGAGACAUGCUAAGUGCUGAGGUGCAAAGGAUUGUGGGAACUGCUCCAGACUUACAAUAUAUUGGGGAAGUGGUACACAUCUUCUCGCACAUCCACCAAACGUAUGUAGUUUACAGCACGAGUGUGUGCGAGUCCGUAGAGGGACAGAGAGAGGAGAAGAUCUGCUGGCUCAACCAAUCAGCUCUGCAGGAGGCCGCCAUUUCCACUGGGGUUAAAAAGAUCAUGAAGCUUUAUUACGAGACCAACAGCGUACUGCAGGACACAAAGAAUAAGAAGCGAAAGCAAAUUCCCCAAGCCGGAAAAGACAAAAAGGCCAAACGAGCCGGAAGCGCGGCUAACGGCGGCCCGAAACAGCUGUCACUCAGUCACUACUUCACCACCAAGAGCAGCUAAAGAUUUACUCAAGAGCAGCUAAAGAUUUACUCAAGAUUCGAUUCAGACCUCACAAUCCGACUCACAAAUCUAUUCUUAAAUUCUCUCAAUUUGAUUCUUAUCUCACAAACUGACUUUCAUUUUGAUUCAUGUCUUUGGCUCUGAUUCAUGAUUCAGUUUGGAUCUCAGAAUCCGACUCCUGAUUUGAUUCUGAUUCACUAGGCUAAGAAACAAUCUGACUCACGGUUUGAUUCUCACAGUCUCUCAAUUAGAUUCCAAUCUAAGAACAAUCUGACUCCCGAUUUGAUUCCAAUUCAGAGCGCUCAGGAACAAUCUGACUCCGCUUUGAUUCUCACAGUCUCUCAAUUUGAUUCUGAUCUUACAAUUUGACUCAUGAUUCAUGUCCAUGGUUCUGAUUCCUGAUUCAGUUCAGAUCUCUCGUGAUUUGAUUCAGAUUCAGAGUGCUAGGAAACGAUACUGAAUCAAUUCUUUGCAUCUUGAUUCUUUUACAUGUCUUUAUCUCCCACUUAAGUGACCACUUUCAAACAAAUCUAACAGUUAUGUUUUUAGGUUUUUCUAUUAUUUUAUAACAUUUUUUUAACAUAAUCCAUGUCCAAAUCUAUUUAGAAAACAAAAAUAAUUCGGUGUUCUUUUAUAAUUAAAGUCCAUUGGAAUUAAAAUGUGGUAUGGAAUAUGGAAACUUACCUUCUGUCAGAGUUCAGACCUCAUCACAAUCGUCGCAUACAAAAAACCCUACAGUGUCUCAACAGAUAUUUUUAAAAAUCGGAUAAAAUCACAUCAUUGUGAACUUAAUAGAAUUGAUUAUUCCUUACAUUCUGUGGUCAAUAUGGUCAAAAAAAUUAUGAACUGAAAUAAUGCUUGAUUGUGUCAUUUGUUCUUUUAUCAUUGUUUUAUGUCUUAUGUUCUUUUAUACUUAACUUCAUACUUUAUUUAGGCUUUUAACUGCGACUUAAUUAAUUAAAUGUGCUUUAGAAACAAACGACUAAAAAGUUGCAGUGCUCUGAAUGAGAGAUUAGAGUGGUUUGUUUUUUGUUUGUGGUUUAAUAUCGAGCACCAGAGACAGUGCAUUUAGGUCAAAGAUUAAAUUGAUCAAACCUGUAGAUAAGUGCUGUGGGACAAACUGGGGCAUGAUAUUGGAUGUGGACCAGGAGGCCAUGUAAUUGCAGCUCCACACACACACUCUCACACACUCCUCUGUCUGUGGAGAGAUGAUAAUGAUGUGGUUACUCAAAGGAGAUGCUGGAGGUCUUGAUGCUGACUGGGAUAAUGCCUUCAGGUCAGGUCAUCCAGAUGCUCUACCCCUGGUUGUUGUCUCUUCUCUUGGUGGUGGUUGUCGGAGAAAAAAAUAAUAUACCCAGCUUUGAAUUAUAUACCUAGCUUUAAAAGUAGCUUAAGUAAUAAUGUACUCAAUGCUCUAAGCUCUGACUUAGCAAUAUUCUGCCUAAGAGUAGUGUGUAUCUAUCAAGAAUUAUUUAGCCAUUGAUUAAGUAGUUAACUUUGAUUAAUAAUAGCUAUAAUAAUCAGAUAUAGCCUCAUAGUCUUUAUAUUAAUCAUGCAGAAUUAUUAAUGGCAGCAUGCUAGCAUAAUAACCACACUGGGACUGAAGAAACAGAAAAGAGGAGAGAUUUAUU